AUGCCUUGAACUUGUGCGAACAACCUUCGUCCCAACCGGUUUUGAAAGUUUAACGCACGUGUCAUUCGAUGUGCUGAGCCACGCAGUAUAAGGAUGGCUCCAACGCAUCACGUUUGGCUACUUAUAGUGCUACACCUUCUGCGAACGGCAUUGUCCGCUCCCUCGUGCCAGAACAAAGACCGCUCCGAUUUGUGUACUGCCAAGUGCAACAGCUACAAAUUCUACACGUGCGUUAACAUCUUUAAGGUGGGCGACUUUUACCAUUUCGCCAGGAGUGCCCUGCACUAUGAAAAUGUCUGGUUCACCGUGAAAGACGGCGAACUCGACUACUACCCCGCCGGAGUGUUCAUGGACUACAACGUGUCCGCGCUCGAAUUUAACGGCGCCAAAGUGAAGAGCUACGCGCAGUUUGGCUCUGGGCCGAAUCCAUUUUGGGGACUUGAAAACUCGCUGGAAAUAAUUGUGUUCAAGGACAGCACCUUGCCCGAUACCUGGAGCAUGCUCAACAGGCUGAACAUGUUGGAAAAGCUAGAGUUUCAUAACUACAACUACUUGGCUUUGACUCGAGACUUCAACGGACUACCACAGAGUGUGAACAGAGUGUACAUUUACAAAUCACGCAUUGGCUAUGUGGAAGACGACUGGUUGUCAGAGCUAAAAAAUCUUCGCCUGGUUAUCAUUCAGGAUAGUCACCUGAAGAAGUUCACGAGAGCAAUGUUGCCGCGACCGGCACCCAUGCUUAAAGAAUUGGACUUGGAACGAAACCUCCUGACUUCGCUGCCGAAGGACAUUGGCGAGGACAUGCCAGUUCUGGAGUUUCUCAACAUCGGGCGGAAUAACUUAACGACGAUUGAAGAGGACAGUGUACGUCCACUUAGAAACAGCACGUAUGUGUACAUGUAUGGAAAUCCGUUGCGCUGCGAUUGUAGUCUUAGAUUCCUCCUAUCUUACCCGGACUCGUGGACGUACGCUUUAUGCCAGACACCAGAGAAACAUAAGGACCGCUACUUGCAGACACUCUCAUCUGAUGACCUUGCCUGCUGAGCUGAGGAGUCACCUCGUGGAUCAGAUUGGAAAGCGCGACAAAAACAGGACAUGAACAAAUCUGUCUCGUGGCAGCACACAUCAAAUGAAUAUUUAUUCCAUAAAAUGUUCACAUGCUUAACUUGCGGGCACUUCCCAACGGCAGGAAAUCUCCAGGUCAGAACACGCUUUUACUAUAGGUAAACCUAUACAGCGUUGGCACUACACGCCGUGAUACGGACACGAGCAAUAAGGAACAACUGACAAGUUAAUGAAGAUAAUGCUGGUUGACUAAGAGCUAAUACGAGGUCAAGCCGCGCGGUGUGGUGCUCCUGAUAAGCAUCAUGGUAUGCACCAUUCUGAGCACUUCAUCUGUAAAGGCUAAAGUAAAUUAUAUAAAUUGCUUUGUGCCCUAUCGCUUGAAGCAAAGAAGCAAGGUGGAGGUAUAUACUUCCGAUGUGGGGAGAUCUCCUGAGACGGCCCUCGAGAAGCACGUAUUAACACCCUAAGACCUAGAAGAAGAAACAAUGUACAAAAGGUGCAAUCUGCCACAAAAUCAAGGAAAACGUUGAAAGCUACAUACCUGUGACCGAUGUGCCAAGCAUCUGCUCCGCUGACGUGCGAACAGGAGAUGACAUUUUUUACGUCAAAGCACACGAUUGUUUCAUGAGUACAGAGUGUUAGAAAUGUUUGUACAGAUUUGGAAAUAUGUGCAACAUGAAUGGAAUGACAAAGAACAAAAAUGGAGAUGUAGGCACUCGUUAAGAGCACCAGCUACUCAUGCACAAUACCUGGGAGAAAGAAAAGGGAAGAAAUUAAUGACAACUUAGGGAAUCGUAUGCUUGGUAUAGUACGCGUUCUUUUUUUUUCUUUUUUAUGAUGUUGACUACGGAGUUAUGAUAUGUAAUGCACUUCUAACCUACAGGAAAAUGUUCCUACCAUGUGCAGGAUAUAAACUUCAGCAGUAGGGGGGAGAGUCCGCUCAUCUUGUUGAUUUCUGCUUGGGAUACGCACAGCUGAAACGGUUUGCUUUGUAGUUAGUUCACCAUGCAACACUCAACGCAUCACAAUAUCGUUUGGGAGCAUCUCUAUUGGCUUACCAUACUGUGAAGUUUGCGCGACUGGUUGCCUUAUUGGCUGGGACCGAGACAUACAGCUGGGCUGACUGCCUCACUCGCUCAAGUAGACGCUCAUCCAUUUCCCUCGCCUUCCACUGCAUCGUUGUAUACUUGGCGGACUGUGUGGGACUCUGUGUGACAAUGUCGAAAGCGAUAUGAAGCGCAUAAACUGUCAAGGUCAUCCAGCGGUUCUGAAAUUUGGGUUGGAUUUGCUUGACGACCAUGCUGAAAGCAUGUUCAAAAGCGUUUUGUUUGGCUGGAAAUACAUAACAAUACAUCGGGGUACGCAGAACCCCGAAAUUUAA